AUGGGUUCAGAUUCACCAAGUGAAAGCGAUAAACGAGGAUUCUACUUUGACUACGUAAAGAAAGCUUUGGCAGACAAGAUGCGUGGUCAAGAUAAGGAAUAUCUUGAAUUAGUUGCCCAAUUUAAUCUUCCAUCGCAAACGUCAACGACUUCUGCACCACCUCCGAUCGGUCUGCUGCAGAUGCUCUUACACGCACUGACAGGAGUUGCAAGCAAAUUGGAUCGCAGAAAUCAUCACGCUCUUGUCAAUGCGAUCUUGACUUUACCUUGGGCUACAAUGGGCGGAGAUAUAUUUGCUCGAACCUGGAUUCGUUUCGUUUGCACACUCUGCAGUGGUCGCAGCGAAUGGGUCUCAGAAGUAUUGGCUCGCGCGAUCAAGGGCUUCAGUUAUCGAUCCGAUUGGCGAUCGAUGUCUUAUGCGCCAGCAGCAUCAAGCUCAUCCUCCAAACCUACCCGGCGACUGAUCUAUGGUCGGAUUCACACGCUUUUACGCUCGCUGUUAUCUCUGAUUCCAACUUUGCCAUCUCAACUUGCUCCUCUUAUCCAACGUCACUUUCCUCACAAAGCUGACGGGAUUCGUGAACAUGUGGUGUUUGUGCAAAACAUGUUUGAAAUUUGCGAGUACGCCGAUGAUUUGCGACCAAAUAUCCUGGAACUCGUCAUCGGUCGAAGUGUGGAGAUUGAUGUGGAAAUCCAAAUCGAACUUGAUGAAUUAGAGGAAGCGGAAGCAGAUCUAGAAGACGCGGAUCUUGACGGUAUUCAAGAAUCAAAUCUCAUUUCAGAUGGAGAUCUUCUGGACAAACCUCUGGAUGCAGACAGCGAUUCAGACGAUGAGGGUGAUGACUCUGAAGACGAUGCUGCAGGCUUGGAUGAUCUUGAUUCGGAUGGAGAUGAUGAUCUAGACGAAUUGCGCAACGGCAAAGUCUUACCUGAGCGUGAGAGAAUCAAGCAAGUGCGAUCAUUAGCAGAGAAGUUGGAUGCAAUGAUGUCCACCUUAUUUCGAAACAUGGAAACUAUGGACAGACGCUACUCAAACGCCAGUAAAGGUAUUGGUGGAACGUACGAUCUCAGUCCAGCCCGAGCGAUCGCCCUUCGAAAUGAACAAUUUGGCAAUCUGUUACGCAUCUUUGAACGGACUUUAUUGCCCACCUUCAAAUCAAGACAUGUCCAAUUCUUAUUGUUCUGGUGUGCAUCAUUGGAGAGAAGCUACAGCGAAACAUUCAUUGGAAUGCUCCUAAACAAAGCUAUUUACACGAAUAGUGGCGACGAGUUCGACUCGCAAACCGGAUGGAGGAUCAAGGAAGGUAGCCCUGUGGUCAUGCGAAUUGCCGCUGCUUCUUAUGUUGCCAGUCUUGUUGCAAGGGCAAAGUUUGUCGAUGCCGAAGACGCUCGAAUUAUCAUGUUGAAUUUGUGUGCAUUUUUGGACGCUCACAUGGACGCAUAUUCGCAAGGCUUAUUGGCUUCACAGAGCCCGAUUGGCCUAGAACUGGAAGCAUUGAAUGGACCUCAUGCGAUGUUCUAUGCGGUUGCUCAAGCAUGCUUUUAUAUCUUUUGCUUCCGUUGGCGAGACCUGCAUUCGACUGAUGAUGCAGCAGAGCAAGACGAAGACGCUUCUGAGGAUGAUGACGAAGCAAACGAAUAUGGAAAUAAAGAAGAUGUGGACGGAUCAGGCAGAGUUCGCUGGUGCAAUGGAAUCGAUUCGAUCAAGCGUGCAAUCUUGAGUCAAUUUAACCCCUUGGCUCAUUGUAGUGCUACAGUCGUGAAGCAAUUUGCAAGUGUGGCACAACUGACUGGAUUUAUGUAUUGCUGGAAUAUUAUCGAACGUAACAGUCGAUCGUCAAGCAAAAAGCACGAUGGAGGUUCAACGCCCACACUGUCGCGCACCAACAGUAUGACAUCCCUCCAUUCUCCUGCUCCUGCCCGUUCCAAUAGCACUUCUACUGUCACGACCACAAUGAUCUCAGCACCUGGAGCGCAAGACCAGUCGACGGCACAGUCAACAUUUACUCCGCCAACCUCAACAAAUAAUGACAUCGACUCAUUCUUCCCUUUUGAUCCUUAUCGUUUGCGCAGUUCUACCAAAUGGGUCGAGCCAUUAUAUCGUGAAUGGGCAGAUGUGGCGCCUGAAGGCAUGAUUGACGAAAGCGAAACUGAAGACGAUGAAGAAGAUGAUGAUGAUGAAAAGCUUAAUGACGAUGCAGAUAGCGCUAGCAGUGGACAAAGCUAUGGCGCAAGUGUUUCUACCGAUGAUUCCAGUUCUGUAGCACGAUCAUUGGAAGCAAUGAGUAUUUCACCUAGAUUCGUCUAA